AUGCAGUCACUCAGUGGUGCUUUGCUGUCAAUACAAUCUGCCUCAUUGGAUUUACCACGGUGGUCUAAAUCAACCUCAGCACAAGUAAAUUAUCAGCUUUUGCAACACUGUGAAGCUGAAAGUGUAUCAUACCUGGAUGAGGUGGCCAGCAACACAGCAACUCAGGAUAUGGCACACACUCUGUUGGACUCGAGCUUUUGCAACACUGUGAAGCUGAAAGUGUAUCAUACCUGGAUGAGGUGGCCAGCAACACAGCAACUCAGGAUAUGGCACACACUCUGUUGGACUCGAGUUUUUGCAACUCUGUGAAGCUGAAAGUGUAUCAUACCUGGAUGAGUUGGCCAGCAAUGGCAACUCAGGAUAUGGCAAAGUUUGUUGGACUCGAGGUUCCUGCAUUGCGGAAAAAAGUUUGGUAUAGAUUCAAGACAGUUAAAUACUCCCUCCAAUAACUCCCUCCAAGGCAAGUUACCAGAAGGGGCAACUUGAGUUUAAUACAAAGCUCUUGACAAAUGCCGUCCUAUAUGCUUUAAAUUAUCUGUCAUUCAUCAUGAAGUGUGUUUAUAGGGUUUGUAUUUUCUGUAUGUAUUUUGUGUAGUGCAGGCAGUGUGUAAUGUUUUUUUGUAUGUAUGUGUAAAGUGUGUGUAUUUGUGUUGUGCAA